AUGGGUGCAUGGAAGCUGAGUUGUUUGCCUGUAAUUUUGGUUGUGAUUUUCUUAGGUCGAAAUGUGCAUUCUAAUCUUCAAUUUGGGUUUUAUACAAGUUCAUGUAGUUUGGCUGAAUUCAUUGUCAAAGAUGUAGUCAAGGAAGCCUUCAUUAAGGAUAACGGAGUGGUUGCUGAUCUAGUGAGAAUGCAUUUUCAUGACUGCUUUGUUAGAGGAUGUGAUGGAUCUGUGCUCAUUGAUUCCAUUCCAUCAAACACAGCAGAGAAGGAUUCUCCUCCAAAUAACCCCAGUCUACAGGGGUUUGAUGUCAUUGAUAAUGCCAAGGCUAAACUUGAAGCCGUUUGUAAGGGUGUCGUUUCUUGUGCUGACAUAGUCGCAUUUGCAGCAAGGGAUAGCAUAGAGAUGACAGGAGGCCUCGGCUAUGAUGUUCCUGCUGGAAGAAGAGAUGGCAGAGUUUCUCUAGCUUCAGAGGCAUUGACAAAUUUGCCUCCCCCCACAUUCAAUGUCGACCAACUCACUCGACGCUUUGCAGAAAAGGGUCUCACACAGGAAGAAAUGGUUACACUUUCCGGAGCGCACACCAUUGGCAACGCUCAUUGCAAUUCGUUCAGCAACAGAUUGUAUAAUUUCAAUGGAAUGACAAGUCAGGACCCAAGCUUAGAUCCCGUGUAUGCGGCUCGGUUGAAGCAGCAGUGUCCACAAGGCAGCACAGAUCCUAACACGGUGGUUCCGAUGAACCCCGAAAGCCCCGGCGUCACCGAUAUAAGCUACUAUGAUGACGUCUUAGCUAACCGGGGGCUGUUCACAUCAGACCAAACACUCCUGACGAACUCAGCAACAGCAAACCAAGUGAAUCAAAAUGCAAAGAACAAUCCCUAUGUUUGGAAGAGGAAAUUUGCUGCAGCAAUGGUGAAGAUGGGUCAGAUUGGGGUCUAAAAAGGUAAUGCUGGUGAGAUACGAACGAAUUGCAGGGUGAUUAAUUAACAGCUAGAAUUCUAUUAAAGGGAAGCUUCAUCCUCAUGGAUUAAUAACAACUUCAUGCUAAAAGCUAUAUAUGCGCUUAUUAAUAUUGUGCUUUUAUUUCUUCAAGUAAUUACAGA